CCCCACCCCACCCCUCGCCUCUUCUCUCCAUGGAUGUAAUCUCCGACCUGACGACAGGUGUUAGCCGGGUCCCAGACGCAGUAAUCCGUGCAGACCAGGGCGAGCUUUGCGCAGGAGAGUCAGAGCAGCCGAGCUCCUUCAGCAGUGCACCAAGUCCAGAAACCCCCCCGCCAGCAGACAUGGGACGUCAGGAGGGUGACUACGUGUGGAAGAAGAACACCGAGAACAUCCAGGACGUGUUUGACAUCAUGGACGAGUUGGGCUCAGGAGCCUUCUCCGAGGUCUACAUGGUGAAGGAGAAGAAGACGGGGAAGAUGUUUGCCAUGAAGUGUGUGAAGAAGAAGCAGAAGAAGGACCUGAAUCUGGAGAACGAGAUCGCCGUGUUGAGAAGAAUCAAACAUGACAACGUGGUGGGGAUGGAGGAUUUGUACGAGAGUCAGACUCACUUCUACCUCAUCAUGGAGCUCGUGUCAGGCGGAGAGCUCUUUGACCGUAUCCUGGACCGGGGGGUGUACUCGGAGAAGGACGCCAGCCGGGUGAUCCAGCAGGUGCUGCAGGCCGUCAGCUACCUGCACCAGAACGCCGUGGUGCACCGGGACCUCAAGCCGGAGAACAUCCUCUUCUACAGCCCGGAGGAGAACUCCAAGGUCAUGAUCAGUGACUUCGGCCUCUCGAAGAUGGUGGACAACGACAUCAUGUCCACCGCCUGUGGAACUCCGGGAUACGUAGCUCCAGAGGUUCUGGCCCAGAAGCCGUACAGUAAAGCUGUGGACUGCUGGUCCAUCGGAGUCAUCACCUACAUCCUACUCUGUGGAUAUCCUCCUUUCUACGAAGAGAGCGAGACGCGACUCUUCUCCAAGAUCAUGAAGGCUCAGUACGAGUUCGACUCGCCCUUCUGGGACGACAUCUCGGAAUCUGCUAAGGACUUCAUCCGCAACAUGAUGCAGAAGAAUCCAAACAUGCGCUUCAGCACAGACCAGGCCCUCAGACAUCCCUGGAUCAUCGGAAAGACGGCGCGCAGCCAGGACAUCUACUAUUCAGUCAGCGUUCAGAUCCAGAAGAACUUCGCCAAGUCCAAGUGGAAGCAAGCCUUCAACGCGGCCGUGGCCAUCAACCACAUGAAGAAGCUGCAGCAGGCCCACUCCGAGCAGCUGGUGAGACAUCCCAGCAUCCCGGACAUCAAGGUCAUCGGCGUGUCCCCCCCGACCGUCCACAAGCGGCUCGACCCGGACAAGCUGGACCCGGAGGUCGGCGGGGGGGCCCAGGGGACGAGUCUCAUCCCCCUGCCCGCGAGCCCCAUCGAACCCAAGAGCCACUACCAGACGCUGAAGACCACUCAGAGCCAGGGCCCCGCCCACCACGCUCCGGCCAUAUCCGAGCAGGGGAAGCACGUGUACCACUCGGAGCCCGCCAACCUCAACGGAUUCUGUCCAAACCGAAGUGGAAAGACGGUGCAGACCGGAGUCUGCUCGGUCAUGUGAAGGCUGCGUGAAGUUCACACGGAAAAAAAGCAUUUUACUCGGUCAGUGUUGCCGUGCUUACCCAGCAUGCAGCUGUUUUGCGUUGGCAGCUCCCCCCCCCCACCCGGCACUGCGAGCGAGAGGUUCCUCUGCCGGACCCGAGCAGGUCUGCGAGGUCCACACGGGCUGACGGACAUUUUCCUUUUUGGAAUGAGUGCCAAUGAAGCUUCCCGACACACAACUACACACACGUACACACACACACACUUUGAUUGACAGGGUAGACUUCAGUUCAGCAGCUUUCAGAGGACUGACCCUCGUAGACGGGGACGAGUCGAGCUGCUCCUCUUGGACGUCCGUCCCGCUGACCCUGAAGCAGUCGCUGACCUCAGAUGUCUCACAGACUGAUUUCUAAAACCCUGACUCCAGAUCAGGUUGAUUUUAAAUCGCCAGCAGCACUUUGUCGUCCAGGUUUUGUAGAAUCGUGAAAAACGUGUCGUCUGAAAAAGAAGAUUCACGACGGAUGUUUCCCGCCGCGCUUCAUCGUGUGUGAAGCUUCGACCCGGAAACCGACCGGCUUCUGGAAGUAGAAUCUUCAAACCGUCACGAACAUGAUGCAUGAUUAAUUAUAAGGAUAAUAAUCAACUGUUGUAAAGAUGUGCUGUGUUUUAUUUUUUCUAAAGUUUCUUUCUUUUGUGUUUAAAAAUAAUAAGUUACGAUAAAAUGUAAAAUGAGAUAAAAGAUUAUAACGAGAUGAUCGAUGUUCAAACUGACGAAUCGUAAACGAGUCCAGUUUGACUUCCGUCCACCUGAUAGAACACAGAACCUGCUGAUGGUCUCUGUACCAGACGCUCACUUCCUGUACCAGACGUUCACUUCCUGUACCAGACGCUCACUUCCUGUACCAGACGUUCACUUCCUGUACCAGACGCUCACUUCCUGUACCAGACGUUCACUUCCUGUACCAGACGCUCACUUCCUGUACCAGACGUUCACUUCCUGUACCAGACGUUCACUUCCUGUACCAGACGUUCACUUCCUGUACCAGACGCUCACUUCCUGUACCAGAUGCUCACUUCCUGUACGUGCUUCAUUCCGACUCUGCAGCCGUGUAGCUUUGUAUCGAUCCAUCUAGUGAGAUGUGGAUUCCUGUGCGCUCAUCAAUCAUCAAUAAACGUUUAUGCAGAA